UCUACUACAUUAAAAUUCUUCAUGGGUUUUCUAAUUCAUCAAACUCAUGCUAAUAAUUCCUUCUUGUUUAUUACUAGUUUGUUCAUAUUUGUUAGCAUCCAUUUGUGUUUGAGCUCUAUGAAUGACACAAUCACAUCAAACACAUCCAUUGAAGACAAUCACACAAUAACCUCAAACAACACUAACUUCAAGCUCGGAUUCUUCAGCCCUCCAAACUCAACCAAUCGUUACGCUGCAAUAUGGUACCUCUCUGACUCCUACAUCAUAUGGAUAGCAAACAGAGAGCAAGCCGUGAAAGAUUCUUCAGGGGUUAUCAAGAUUCACAAGGAUGGCAACCUCGUAGUAAUGGACGGAAGAAACUAUAUAGUUUGGUCAACAAACCUCACAUUCUCAACUAAAUAUGUCCCCAAUAUCUCAAGUGCUCAGCUUCAAGAUAACGGCAACCUUGUUCUUAGGGAUGGUAAAACUGGAGAAACGGUUUGGGACAGUUUCACGCACCCUGCGGAUGCAGCCAUGCCAAGGAUGAAAAUCACGGCGAACAAGAUCACAGGCAAGAAAAUGGAGUAUGUUUCUUGGAAAUCCCCUACAGAUCCUUCUUCUGGAGACUACUCCGUUAGCAUGGAGCGGUUGGCCGCUCCGGAACUUUUCUUAUGGUACAAGAAAAGUAGGCCGUAUUACCGAACCGGUCCGUGGAACGGUCGGACUUUCCUCGGCUCUCCGAGGAUGCUAACAGAGUAUCUCUAUGGGUGGCGUCUGGACCACGAUCCAGAUGGAACCAAUUAUCUAACGUAUAAUUUCGCUGAUCCAGAUGCAUUUGCUAUUGUCUGGAUUACUUAUGAUGGAAAACUUAGGAUGGCAAAAUUCUUGAACCAGAAGAAUUACUACACGAUUGAUAUUUUUCCAAAAGACUGUGAUUAUUACGGCGCUUGUGGGCCUUUCGGAAACUGUGAUCCAAAUAGCAUACCGAUUUGUAGCUGUUUCGAAGGGUUUGAGCCAAGGAAUGUGCAAGAAUGGAGUAAGAAAAAUUGGACUAGUGGUUGUGUGAGGAAGAAAGAGGCACAGCUUCAGUGUGAUAGGUUGAAGAAUUUGAACAAUAAUAGUCAUAAUGGAGUUGAUGAAGUGCAACAAGAUGGGUUUAAGGUGUUUAAUAAUAUGAAAGUGCCGGAUUUCGCUGAGAGAUCUGAUGAUGACGUAGACAAUUGCAGAACGAGUUGUUUGGCAAAUUGUUCUUGUUUGGCUUAUGCUUAUGAUUCUUAUAUUGGAUGCAUGUUUUGGAUUAGAGACUUGAUUGAUUUGGAACAAUUCUCAAUUGGUGGAGUUGAUCUCUUCCUUCGUGUCCCUCAUUCUCAACUUGCUACAGGUAAUAAAGGAAGAAGAGUAAGCAAGUCAUUAAUCAUUGCCACUAUUGCUGGGGUGAUUGGAAUAAUUGCAUUAGCAAUUUGUGGAUACAUUACAUGGCAAAAAUGGACCGCCAAACAAGCUCGAACUCUGUCUCAAAAAAAGACUACUGUUGGAGAACAAAAUCAAAUGAAACUCGACGAACUACCGUUGUUCGAAUUUCAAAAGCUUGCAACUGCUACAAACAACUUUCAUGCUGAAAACAUGCUUGGGAAAGGAGGUUUUGGUCCGGUAUAUAAGGGCCAUUUGGAAGAUGGACAAGAAAUUGCAGUGAAAAGAUUGUCCAAAGCGUCUGGACAAGGGCUGGAAGAAUUUAUGAAUGAAGUAGUGGUUAUUUCGAAACUUCAACAUCGCAAUCUUGUUAGACUUCUUGGUUGUUGCGUCGAACCUGACGAACAAAUGUUGGUCUAUGAGUUCAUGCCAAAUAAAAGUUUGGAUGCCUUUCUCUUUGAUCCACAACGAAGAAAAGUCUUAGAUUGGAAAAAACGUUUCAACAUAAUUGAAGGGAUAGCUCGUGGUAUACUUUAUCUUCACAGAGAUUCAAGACUUAGAAUCAUACACAGAGAUCUCAAAGCAAGCAAUAUCUUGUUGGAUGAUGCAAUGAAUCCAAAAAUAUCAGAUUUUGGUUUAGCUAGAAUUUUUAGAGGAGAUGAAGAUGACGAAGCUAGUACAAAAAAAGUUAUUGGAACAUACGGUUACAUGCCACCUGAAUAUGCAAUGGAAGGAUUAUUUUCAGAAAAAUCAGAUGUCUAUAGCUUUGGUGUUUUGUUAUUAGAGAUUGUCAGUGGACGAAGAAACACCAGCUUUUAUAACCAUCGGCAAUCACUAAGCCUUGUGGGAUAUGCAUGGAAACUAUGGAAUGAAAAUAACAUCAUAUCAUUAAUAGAUCCAGAGAUUAUGGAUCCAUGCUUUGAGAAAAGUAUUUUGAGGUGCAUACACAUAGGACUUUUAUGUGUGCAAGAAUUGACAAAAGAGCGACCAACUAUAUCCACUGUGGUUUUGAUGUUAAUAAGUGAGAUUACACAUCUUCCUCCACCAGGACAAGUUGCAUUUGUCCACAAACAAAAUCUUUACAGUUCAGAAUCCUCUCAGAAAAGUCACCCAUCCACCAGAUCAAACAACAAUUUAACUCUCUCUGAAAUAGAAGGAAGAUAAUAACAUGUGAAAAUUGAAUUCUUGAGAUUUCAAGCUGAAUAUUGUUCUUUUUAUUUUCUUUUUUGUGUAACUAUUAACGAUGAGAAUGUUGAAGUUUUACAUUAGAACCUAGCACUAUAAGAAAGUCAUUGGAUAUUGUUAGAUUUAUUGGCAGAAUAAA